GAUGCUGUGGACGAUGAAAUGGAGGACGAGGAGGUGUGCCAGUGUCCUGUGCAGAGGAUAUUUCCGCAUGACCUUGCGCCCUGGCAGGAAGAGGAGGAAGUUCCAGAGGUGGACCGUACCGUGACUGAGAAUCCGGACCUUCUGUGCAUCGAGGACCCGCAAUGU